CCGGCUUACCAUGCCACUCGCAGAGCACUCACGCCGCACGCUCUUUCGGAACUCGCCACUUUGGAUUCACGUCUUUCACACCCAUAACAGGUCUUCAUCAUGUCCGGCUGAUGAACAAUGACGCUGGCAACGGUUGAAGAUUGUUGAAUAACUUGUUUUGGUCUGAUCUACACGUUGACACACCGAAGAUGCCGAUGCUCUCACCGUGGCCAUGUCCAGCAACAGGUUACCAUCGGACCUCACCUGGGGAGGGAACAUAACCACCUCAAACGAUGAUCAUAAAUGAAGCUCGCUACUCCCACUACAAACCAGCGACGACGCACAUCAGAAACAGCCCGGUGCCCAGACUCUGUGCGUACUGAUCAUCUUCGCAAGUUGCAGUCAUACAAGUACGGAGCGGACGGCGUGUGAAGAUGCUCACUUCUCUCCCCACCUUUGUCGGGAACCCCUCCCCUUUUCUUUCUUCAUUCUGUCAUGGUGGCCAGAAUACACCGCGGGCUAGGUGUUCUGGCAUUCUUUCUUUCUUCUCUCCCCCCUUCUUCUUUUGCUAUUCUUUUUGAGGAUUUCGCAAAGCCGGCUUUGACUUGCGGCUCCUUCGCUUUACAGUGGCAGGGAGGACUCGCGCCGUGGACCCUGAGCAUUCUCCGAGCGAAUGACUCUAGUCUGGUGGAAAACUUGGGGGCCAUUCAAGACCCGCAGUUCUCGUGGAAUGUCGACGUCGCUGCCGGAGCCACGGUUGUCGCACAAGUGCAAGAUUCGACUGGAGCUACAGCGCUCUCGAAACUUUUGACGAUUCAACCUAGUGCUGACGGUUGUGCUCUGAAAACGCUCUUGGUCUCUCGGCUUGUGCAAAACCAGACCACCCCUGACUCUGCAGUGGCAUUAACGUCUACGACGGUGUCUUCCACAACCACGACCAUCUCGUCGGCGACAUCCACGACGGUCACUCCAACUAUAUCGCAAGCAAGUUCCAGCAGUAGUUCAGACGCUUCGCCGCAAUCCACGUUGAGUGUGGACACAUCAUCCAGCGCUACCAGCCUGUCUUUUCCAACUCCGACUCCACCUACGUCGAGCUCUGUUGUGUCUAGUGCUGUCACUCAGAUCUCGAGCUCUCUCACUACCACCAGAAUCGUACAAACUACGACCGCUACAACUGAUGGCACAAAAAUUACCCGCAGUCUGAGCAGUGUUGGGUCACCGAUUCCAACGGCUCCCACCUUUGCGGUGGUCGCACCUCUUUCGAUCACACUGACUGCGACGCAACCCACGAGUCCCACCUCCAUUCCUCCAGUGACAAUCGCUUCAUCGCCGGCAACCAUACAAUCGCCGACAGCGGUGUCAUUCACGACAUUGGUGUCACCGUCGGCAACCGUGCCUUCGCCAACAGCCGUGUCAUCAGUUACAGUUCUGCCGCCGCCGACAAUUGUCUCGACCACUUCAAUAGGGACACCUGCUACGGAUGUCGCUGGAACGAUCAUGGAGAUGGCGAGCUCAACGGCUUCUAGCGACGGAGCUGCUGGAGCUAGACUGCGAGCCUCCAGCAAAGCCAUCCGGUCUCCCAUCGGUCUGAUCUUGGGUCUCUUACUUCCCAUUCUGCUCAUUUCGGGAGUCGUUGGGCUCGUCAUGCUAAGGAGGAGGAGGAAGCAACGAAUUGCUGAUCUGGAAGACGGCCCGGGUAGAACGCCGACUUGGUUUAUGCAGCCUGCUUACCACGGCAAUGCCCAGACACUCAGCAUGAACCUUGCACCCGGGCUCCCACCUCCCGUUUCCUUCGACACGCAGCACUCUGGGAACGUGUAUCGGCCGAAGCGAGUGCCGGCGAUCAGGGUCACGACGGCCAACAGCGGUUCAUUCUCUCGCGCAUCUGCGCACGAAUACCCCAGCCCGGCGUCUAUUUAUUCGACGGAAUUCCAUGCGCCAUCGAUUGCGUACCGGCCUAAUGGACCUUUCGUGCCUCCCAUCGUCACUGACACGGACGCUGCCUCGGAGUCCAGGGACGAGAAUUUUCCUGAUUCGGCAGUCCUGGCGCCGUCGCCCAUGACUAUGAAGUCGAAUCCAGCACUCGAAUCGAUGGGGCAGAUGGCUUUCAGGUUCCCGCCGCCCAAUGCGGCCAAUCUCCAACCCGGACAUGCUUAUUUGUAAAGUCCGGGUUUGUGUUCCUGUAUUUACAAUGGAUUAUUGAUUACAUCAUUGUUGGUUAUCUAUUCCUAUCUUUUGUACACACGCCUCUAGGAUGCAGGUCGACUUGACCGACGGUCCGACGCUCGACUUAUCAGCUCCAUUCAUCAAAUCAAGGACCCAUAGGGUGGCGAAACACUUCGUCGAUCGACCCUCUCCCCGUCGCUGUCCACUUCUUAGUGUCCCCUAGAUACGCACUCGGUCCCCUCGCCCGGAUUGCACCCGGUGCUUCUGCCACAACAUACUUGCACAUAUGCGUCGUAUGUUUCAGACAGCCAGGCGUCGCCACCCGCGGCGCCCGCGUCCGGGAGACACCGCGGUGCGCGCCACUUGUCAUGGGAGGGGCGGCUGUGUGCUUACCGGCGUCGAGUGUCACAUGUACCUACAGCCAAGAUGCGAACCCUGUCGUGUGCGCCAGAUGGAAUGGGGGGACCUGGAUGGGAUGGGCUGCAGGCUGCCCGCUACCCUGGACACGUCAAGGAUCUAUGGGUCUGUGUUGUGUUGCGGGCCUGCUGGCCGCUCAGAGAAUGACGAGUUGGGACUCGCCCGUUCCUUGAUACCGAUCGCGUGCAGCCCGUGUUCUGGGACUUGGCCAGGACUGGCUAGGCCUGCUGAGGAUCGGAAUCAGCCGGGUUACGCAAUGGGCUUCUCUGACCCGAUACUGUGCAGACUCGCAUAGGUAUGUGUGAACAGUUUGGACGUCGUCUGCUCGUGAGGCGACGCUUUGAGGAUGAUCUCUGGAUCCAUCAGUCGGUGGGCAGCGAACGUAGCGUGCCUUGAUUCAAUGUGUCACCUCAGAACGUCCACUCGCGUGGGCGCAGUCGGUCGAACUGUCCGGAAACUGCCUCGCGUAGGCCACCACUACUGCCCAUCUCAGAUGGGUCGAGAGCUGUUGACUCCAUGUAAACAGAUGUACACAGCUCCGAUCUAAUCCCAACCGCCCGUUGUUGAAUUGGCAACGACGCUAUUAUUACUGGACGUGCCGGAUAUUUACAUGCACAUAUGUUGUAAGAAUCGAGAAUCCCAGUCAGUCGAUGUCUACCGGCUUCGAUUGUUUGUCGUGGUCGGCCAUCACGACGCCCAUGCUGCCGAGCGUGAUCUGGGGGCAUAUCGAAGGCCCGGUGCAGCGCUUACCAGUACGCGCGCACUCGGCGAGCGCUGCACCGGGCGGCGUCCUCGCCUGUGUCUUUUGGAGUGCUGUAAUCCCCAUGAUGGGAGUGCGGUUAGAACUUGCCGAUUCAAAGUCUGGCGAACAUAUGGAAGAAUCAGGUGCGUCGCGGAUCGAUUCUGCCAAAAAUUGAUUCAAAGCCGUAACACAUCUAUGACUGAUAUCUUGACCGACCUGGUCCCGAAAUGGGGGUCAAGUCAUGAGAUAGUCUGAGAAGUACGUCGAUAUCUGACAUGUUCUCCGCGGGUUAUCAUGACCUGUGCGAAGCAGCCCGAAGCUCGUGGGUUUCUCGUGGCUCUCUGGACUCUGAUCUUGCACCUCCGCGGCGGCAACACAGAUACUAUGUAUUUUGGAAGCGACGAGGAAGAUUAGGGAAUGACCCGUUCCAGUUGUGAUAUCACGUGCACGGCAGUUCAAUUCUUGCCUGGCAUGACUUUCGAGGCUCCGAAUAUUAAUGCACCCGAUUGAAGGAACGGGAACACUGCAGAGCAAGGACAGCUGCAAGAACAUGCGUUACGACACGGAUCGACGCUGGUGGCUCAUCC